UCAAGGGAGGAGGCGGGACUCUGGCGAGUUCCCCUUCCACCCUCCCCCCCCCUUUCUUCUUCCCACCUCUCUUCCACUUCUAGCUGAAUUCCAGCAUUUGCUGCAGUUUCUCUCAAGCCCUUUGCAGGACCCAAACAACAGCGGCCAUUGCUCCCAGGAUGGUGAUCCGUGUGUAUAUUGCAUCUUCCUCUGGUUCAACGGCGAUUAAGAAGAAACAGCAAGAUGUGCUUGGUUUUUUAGAAGCUAACAAAAUAGGAUUUGAAGAAAAAGAUAUUGCAGCCAAUGAAGAGAAUCGGAAGUGGAUGAGAGAAAAUGUACCUGAAAACAAUCGACCAGCCACAGGGUACCCGCUGCCACCUCAGAUUUUCAAUGAAAGCCAGUACCGUGGGGACUAUGAUGCUUUCUUUGAAGCUAGAGAAAAUAAUGCAGUGUAUGCCUUUUUGGGCUUGACAGCCCCACCUGGUUCAAAGGAGGCAGAAGCUCAGGCAAAGCAGCAAGCAUGAAUCUUAUGCACUCUGCCUUAAGCAUCUUGAAAAAGGAGUCUUUAUUGAUUUUAAAAUUAUCUUGGCUCUAAAAGAAAUUAGCCUAAUGUUGAGAUAAUAGAUUAGUUUUUCACAUGCAAACAAUCAAAAUAAAUACAUAAUUAAAAUAUGAAUACUAUGAUAGGAGAAUGGGAACUGCACAUAAAAUAUUUAGAUGUUAUGGAAUAGUAUCAUUAUCUUCCAAGGCAUUUUAUGUAUUUCAAUGAUUUUAAAAAGCAAAGUCCUGUCCCUUUUUUGGUAUUGUGAUUGACAGCUUAAAUGUAUCUGUAGUUCGAUGUGGAGGAAUUUAAAACACAGAGAGAAGGAAUCUGUCUCUUGUUCCCAAAUUGCCUCUUUAAUUUUAGUUAACAAAAAUAUGUACUCUUUUGGUGUGAUGUUAUUGUGAUUAAAAAGUAGUUGCAGGUAAAGUUUAUGAUAUAUUAGAUAUCAUAUUUUUUGGUAAUUAUAACAUUCCCAUUAUUUUGUAAUUGAAAUUUCUUUAUACUAAACCAUGGGUUUUCUAGGCCUCUAAAUGUAGCCUUUCAUUGUAUAUUUCAGUGAUUAGACAGGUGAACUUUUACAAAAAAUAAAUGCAUUAAGUUGACAAGUUCCUUGUAUAACUGCACAGCUAUGAUGCAAUCAUAUUUCUAAGUUGCUUGCCCCAGUGAAAUAUGCAUAUAUAUGUUAUGAAUGUGGGAUAGCAUGUAAGUUUAAAACAGCAUACUUUGGCAAAGAACUCAGACUUUUAAUUAGCUAUUAUAAAAUAGUUCAGCACUCAGUGCCCAAGACUGGUUUUUGUAGGGUCUUUGCUAAAAAAAAAAUCUUAGCAAUCCCCCUUUUAAAAUAACUUGUCAUCAUGAAUCACACUACUUCUCAGAUAUUUGAUAUAUUUAUUUCAGGUUAGGCACAUAUUGUGUGAAUUUGUUAAUCUAAGCAGAGAGAAUCUUUUCUGUGCUUCUAUUCCAGUGAAUAGCACAAGUAUCUAUAAAAGGGCCCAUUUAAAAAAAUGUUAAUUAUUAGAACUUCUAAGAAAACAAGAAACAUUAUGGCUUAAAUUACUUACCCAGAAGAUAUACAUAUUGUGCUUUAAUUCCACACUACUUUAUUAUGUUAAAAAAAAUCUUUUACUUUAAAUUACUUUAUCAUAUCAUUUGAUGUAUGCAAGUCUGUUCUUUUUGCCAAAAUCAACAUACAAUGAAUACAUGGCUUUGCUUACUGAGAUUCAAACGUGAUGCAAUGUUUUAAAAUAAAGUCAGUCCUUUAGAAACAUAAUUUAUGUGUUCCCAGAGUUUCUAAGUAUAAUAGUAAUUUAAGAUGAGUAAUACAUGUUUCAGAAGGUGUGAAAGGAGAAAAGAACAAUAACAGAAAGAAAAUAAUUUGAAUACAGUUUCUAAGUUUCCUUUUUUAAGAUUCUAAACUUUGCUGUAUACACUAGAAUCGCACAAGGAACUAUUCCAUUGUUUUCUCUACAAAAAUAGGCCAUGAAGAACAAUAAAUGAAACAGGGUGCCUUGUAAUAGAUUCUGGAAAAUACUAAAAAAACGUUUGGUCAAUAAUUUCUCUUGAGCUUUAUUAAAUACUGAUGAUGCUGUUUGUACUCAUCUAUGCGGAUAUUUUUUAGACUUAUUUAUUCAAAAAUUAUAUUUCAGUUCAUUUAAAUUGUAAGAAAAGUAAUAGUACUAAAUUGCAAUAUUCUUAAAUGAUAAAUAAUACGUGGCAAAUCACUAUUGCUUUUGUCGGCUCACUAUCCUAACAUUAAUCAUGGUGAAUUAUUUUGAUAUUAUAAAUGGGAGUGUAAGACAUAAUACUACCAACUAGCAAUUCAUAGUCUUAUAAAUACCUCCCUUAUAUUUUUGAAAUCAUUGUUAUUCAUGACACGGACAUGCAAAAAGAGAAAGAAAUUAACAUUUAAUCCAAUUGUUUAAUAUAAUAUUGGAGUUAUAUACUCAGAGUAAUGAAAGUGGAUUAUUGAAAACAAUGUCAACCCACUUUUCAUCCUUCAAGAUUACCUUGUCUCCAUUGAAGCAUUCUAUAUAGUUUGUCUUUAAAAAUCUAUUUUUCAUUCCAAUCCAGAUUUUCACAAGAUGGAACUAGACACUAUAAUACCUUUGGAAUUAUACCUUCAUUGGUGUGUUUUCUCAUAGGAGAAAUAAAUUUCAUACUGUUGCUACUAUGACAUUUUGAAAAAUAAAAGCAUAUUUUCUGUUAUAUGAAUAGGUUGUUUCAAAUAAAAGGAUCAGUAUACUAUA